AAGAGAUAAAUUGGAAUAAACAGCUGUCACUGUUAAAUAAAUAUCCUGAUAAUGUGCAGGACAGAAAUAACUACAGCAUCGUCAAACUCCUUUCCUCACUUUAUUUAGCUGUUCUUGCAUGUAGCUCCCAAUCUUUGUACUGCUUCAGUUAGUGGAGAAUUUAUUUUUGAAUCAGCUGCAUUUUUAAAGACUGUAACAACGAAAGGCAUUUCCUGAGAAGCUGCAAGGAUGAGCAGCAAGAAAGAACAACAGCUAAGGAAAUAUGGGACCCUAGUAGUGCUUUUUAUCUUCCAAGUUCAGAUUUUUGGUUUUGAUCUUGACAAUCGACCUACAACAGAUGUCUGCUCGACACACACAAUUUUACCUGGACCAAAAGGUGAUGAAGGUGAAAAAGGAGAUAGAGGAGAAGUGGGCAAACAAGGAAAGGUUGGACCAAAAGGACCGAAAGGAAACAAAGGACCUGUGGGGGAUGUUGGUGACCAGGGAAUGCUUGGGAAAAUUGGCCCAAUUGGUGGAAAGGGUGACAAAGGAGCCAAAGGCUUAUCGGGGGUUUCUGGAAAAAAGGGAAAAGCAGGCACAGUCUGUGACUGUGGAAGAUACCGCAGAGUUGUUGGACAACUGAAUAUCAAUGUUGCUCGUCUUAAUACAUCCAUCAAGUUUGUAAAGAAUGUUAUAGCAGGUAUCAGGGAGACAGACGAGAAAUUCUAUUACAUCGUGAAAGAAGAGAAGAAUUACAGGGAAGCCUUGGCCCACUGCAGAGACAGAGGAGGAACACUCGCCAUGCCUAAAGAUGAGGCAACCAAUGCCCUGAUUGCUGACUACAUCUCCAACAGCGGCCUCUUUCGAGCCUUCAUUGGGCUGAACGACAUGGAAAAAGAAGGACAGUUUGUGUACGCAGACAACAGUCCACUGCAGAACUACAGUAACUGGAAGGAAGGAGAGCCUCAUGACCCAGCUGGCCGUGAGGACUGUGUGGAAAUGCUCAGCACAGGAGAGUGGAAUGACUCCGAGUGCCAAGUAACCAUCUAUUUUGUCUGUGAAUUUCUCAAAAAGAGGAAAUAAAAGUGCCACAGAAUGUGACUGGCAUCUGCUGUACAUACAACAACCCAUCCUCACUCACCCUUGUAGGGAGCGCAGACAACCAGGGACAGGGCUCAAACCAGCCUUCACUUCACCUGGCUGAGCAAGAGCAACUACUGUGAAGAUGGCAGUGACCAUGAAGUCAGCACAGGUCUGCAGGGGACAUCCAGUCAGCUGGAUUUUUUUAUUUCAUAUCUAUGUGCAAUUUAGAGUGGGUAUUUCUGUCUGUAACUUACGGGCAAAUUAGAGCAGGGAGAAGUGAAUAUGAUUUCACUAAUGCCAGAAAUAGUAAAUUCACUGAUAUACUAAUUACUGAUGCACUUCUCAAAGUCCACAGAAGGAAAGAGUGUGAUCUUUAUUCAUCUUUUACCUGCACAGAAAGUCCCAGUAAUUCCCCUAGUGAAUUCAGAGCUGAGGGAACAGAUUUGCAGUUUCUUUUGAAAAAAAAAAACCAAACUUCUUUUGUUAGAAUUGUAGAGUAAUUUCAGUUGGAGGAGAUCUUUGCAGGUGAUGUAGUGGAAUCUUACACACAAAGCAGAGCCAGCUUCAAAUUUAGAUUAGAGGUUGUUAUACUCUCCUUAAUUUGGCUGUCUCUCCCUAAUAUUGCCUGAUGUGCCAGGGAGGACUCGCUUAUCUCUGCUUCCCACUCCAUUGGCUGGUCUGAAGUGUGAGGAAUUAACCUAGCAAUGGCAAUUCUCCAUGCAAGCCUGCACAGUUUGUAGGCAACCUGAGAAUAGACUGAGCAGUCCUACCCUCUGAUGUCCUCCAAAAUCUGUGAAAAACAUAGAAAAGUCUAGCGCAAAGAGAACAAGGCAAAGGAAACACCACCAUUGCUGUAGGCUGUAAACAGGCACAUGUAGUAUCAGCUAUACCCACGUGCAUUGCUGGUUUAACAAGUGAUUCUAGGAACACAUUAACUCUCUAACUCAGUAGCCAAUGAUGUUUGACAUCUAAAUCUAAAUCACCUGUGCCUUUGUGACACAGGAGCCAGCUACAGAACAGGUUUUAUCCUCCAAGGAUCCAGAUUCAGGUGUGGUUGAGCAACUUAAUCAGCCACUUCAGAAGGACUCUCCACAAAUGCUGAGCAAUAAGCAUUGUGAGCAGUAAGCGUGAAGUUUUGGUGUCAGUGCCUGGUUGCUCUGAUCUGCUUGUCAGCAUGCCCACAAUGGAUUAUGUUUUCAUAUCUUUGAUAUCAGAAGUGAGUCUGUUCCUAGUCAUAGUUCACCUUCCCUCACAGCAGGAGAUAUCAAGAGAAACCUCAGCCUCCCCUGCAAUGAAGGUCAAUAGGUUCUCUUUCCCACUUGACACUAAAGAUAAAGGAAUAAUAUCUGGAAGCUAAGGAGAAUGCUAGGCACCAGGCAUAAUGCAGCAAGUGUACCCUGCAGGCCACUCUGAGCACCACUUGCACAUGCUCUUCCUCUGAGUAAGUAUAUGAAGAGCUGGACAUGCCACCAGCUAGUAAUGCAGAGGGUCAGCUCCAAGUCUCCCUUCCACUGCCAUGUACAGCACUGCAAAGGCAACUAGACAACAGUCAUAAUUCCUCAACCUCACCCUCAACAGGAAAAUCCUCCAAACCAUUUAGCUGGUUGUUAGUUUGACUCCAAAGUCAUCUCUGAGAAAUGACCAAUGCAGGAGCACCCCAGGAGACUCUGAGACUCAGUAUCGUUAUUGUAAUCUAGUUUGUCUCCCUCUGGUUCCUCCAGAAAACCAGUUGCUGCUACCAGCAGUAAGUUAUCUGUUUUGCCACACACCCUUUAGGGAACUAUUCAGACCCAUGAAUGAAAGCAUGGGAUCACAUUUCUUUUCAUUGUUCCCCUACUAUGCCAUAAGAGUUUUGGGCAAACAGGUUCACUUAGCACAACAUAACUCAUCCUGAAUCAUUCCCUCUCUAGGAACUGAUAGUCCCCAAAAUCAAGCAGAAUUACACUUUUUAAGGUCUACAGUAAUAAACUCAUUAAGCAAAACACUUUGGUUUUAGAGUCAUUAAUGGGUAAUGAUAGAGAAUUAAUGACUAAUUCAAGGCAAAGUUUCUUGAGGAAAAGUAAUGCCUUUUAGAAGUUAAAGCCCAGGGCUGCUAGCCUCCCUCACAGCAGGUCAGUUCUCACUAGUCAUGCAGAAGUAGCAUAGCAACAUCCCUGUGGGUAAGCACAAUCACACUAAUACCCUCUCCACACCUCAUCUUUACUUCUGAUCCACAAAGUCACCAGAACUUGCCUGCCAGACUGGGGGUUAGAUUCUGGAACCCUCUAGCUGUACUGAGACCAUUGGCCAACAAAAUCCACGUCCUUAGUGCUACAAUCACGAAGAACAGGCCAGUUUCCUGUUCCUUAGGAGAAAUCUCAGAGAUGACAGAAGCUGGAAGAGCUGCAGGAUCAAGCUCUGCCCAAGACUGGACCAAGCACUCUCCUUCAUAUACAAAAUUAGGGAAUACAUUUCUAAAUUGAAACUCUGGUCCUUCUUAGAAGACCGUGAGUUAUAAUCAGUCCUGGACCAUGCUCCAUGUACAGGAAGGAAUGACUGUCUCAGUCUCCAGCUGCAUUGCUGAGGGAAGUGAGUGACGAAAUUGUGUUGCGUUUCUGCAGUACAAAACCUGGGACUGCCCACUUCCUCCAUCUUCCUCAUCUUCUACUACACCAGCUUCCAUCUUUCUUAAAUGAUCAGGUGCUUGGGCAACCCACUCCUGCAGCACUGGGUCCGAGUUAAUAAAUUUUGCCAAGAAGCCUAACUUACAGACCAAGCCAAAUAAAUGAGCCUAUCCCGCUUAGGAAACCUGACAGGUAGAUCCACACAGCUCUGCACCAUGCCACGGGGACACAAGCUUGAAGCAGCACUAACUCAAAUAUUUUACAUGCUUUGCAGAAAAAAAUAUCCUUUUUCUAGUUAAGAAUUUGAGGUAUAUCACAGGUUUCAUUGCUAACCAGUGGGAAUCCACUGUAGUGGGUAAAAUACCUUGGGUUUCUACAAGAAGUGGAUGGAGCCCGGAGCACAGGAAAUGGUGUCCAGCAAUUCAGGAAUUAUGGUCUGUUAAAGCUCAAUACGUAAACCAUUUUACCCAAUGCCAGCAUUUUUUUUUCCAUGUUCUUUUCGUUAUUCCCAGGCUGAACCUUUCUUGUUUCAAUUUAUGCCUCCUGUUUCUUGUUCUCCCUCCAAUUACCACUGUGAAGAGCCUUGCUUCGUUUUCUUGAAGACUCCCUCAUAGGUCCUGACAGGCUGCUAUCAGGUCCAUCUGAAGCCACUUUUCCAGACUGAACAAACCCAGUUCUUUUAGUCCCUCCUUACACGGCUCCCACUCCAACAGGCAGCUGAACUUGGCCCAGUUUUUCAAUUCCUUUCCUACACUGAGGAAGCUCAAAAGGACACAGUGUCUAGAUGUGGUCCAACAGGUGCUGAGUGGGAGUACAAUCCCUUCCUUCAAGCUCCUGGCUGCAUUUCCUCUAGCACAGUCAGGAUGCCAUUAGACCCCUCUGCUGCCAGGGCUCACUCCUGAUGCACAGGCAGUGUGCUGCCUGCCAGUACUUCCCAGGGCCUUCUCAAUAAAGCCAGUCAGCCCCAGCCUGUAUUGGUGCAAGGGUUCAGCAUUCCCAGAUGAGGGAAGCUUUGCAUUUGUCCUUGUUGAAUUUCAUAAGGUUCCCAUUGGCUCAUUCCUUGCCCUUACAGCAGCCCUGUCCACAGCAUAUCCAGUGUUCCGUCCAAUUUGGUGUGAUCUGCAAACCUGAGAAAAGAGGACUUCGUCACUUCCUUGCGGGUAGCUGAUAAAGAUGUUAAACAGGACAGUCCCAGUAUCUAAACCCCUGUAGCACUCUACUUGUCUUCUGGGUAGAGAACAAGUCAUUAACUAUUCUCCUCUCAGCCCAACCAAUUUUUACCCAUCCAGACCACAGCAUCCCAACUCGGAUGCAAGAAUGCUGUUGGAGGCAGUGUCAAAAGCCUUUCUGAAUUUGAGGUAAAUUACAUCAACUGCUCCCCCCUAAUCCACAAAUCCAGCCGUUUUAUCAUAAACACAGUCAGGCCGUCAGACAUGAUUUACCCUUAUUAGAUCCAUGCUGACUGUGCCCAGUCACCUUCUUCUACUUCAUAUGCCCAGAAUCAUGCUCCAAGAGGACUCAGUCCUUUAGGUUCCGUGGGGACCAAGGCAAUGCUGAUCAGUUUAUAGCUCCCUAGAUCGUCUCUGGCCUUUUUUAAGAAGGAUGCAAUAUUUACAUAUUUACUGUCAUUAGGAACCUUCCAUGAUCUCCAUAACCUUUCCAAGGUGAUAAAGUGGCCCUGAGGAGACAUAAAACCAGUUUUCUUGGCACCUUGGAUGUGGUCCAUUUGGUCUCAUGGAGUUUUCUGGUCAAACUCUUUCAAGUGAUCCUUGACUAAACACUCAUCUACUGUAGGUAGUUCUCUUUGAACCCUUCCUCUAAGCUCAGAGGAAUGGGAUAGAUAGUUGGUAAAGAUGGCAAAGAAACCUAUGAGUACCUCAGCUUUAUCUGUGUCUGCUGUUACUACAUCACCUCCUCCAUUCACCAAUGGUUUCGUGUUUUCCUUGCUCAGCUCUUUUAUGCUAACACAGCAGUGGAAGCUCUUCUUGUUGCGAUUCUUGUGCAAGUCUCAACUGCAUUUAGGCUUUGGAUUUCCUGCGGCUACCCCUACAAACUCAGGCAAUGUUUCUAAACUAUUCCACUGCAGCCUGUCCCUUCUUACAUCUCCUUCAGACUGCCCUUUUGAAUUGGAGGUCUACCAGUCUCCUGAUAAUCUGCUUGUAGGUGAACAGUGAAUGCAAGACAGCUGCCCAAGAUCUUGCUACAUCAAAGCUACUACAGUGUUCUUCCUGCUCUUGGAUAGCCAGGGCUUUAUGAUUUUCUGUAUUCUGAAGACUGUCAUCUCACUCAGUGCAAGCAUCAUGCUGCUCUCCCCAGGUUCAGAACACACAGAAGGCACAGAUAUCUAUGGUAAAUACAAUGCUUUAAAAAUUAAUUCUAAUAAAAACUAUUAUGCAAUCAAUAUAACCCAUUGAGAACAUGUUUUCCUCAAGCAUUUCAAACAAUGUCACAUAGGCAUUAAGCAGAUCCACUUCUUUCACUGCUUUUAAUCUGUGAAUUGCUUUAAAAAAAUACUAGCACCUAGACUAAUCAAGUGCCACAUUCAUGACCACAGCCACAGGAAUAUAUAGAUACCUCUAUAGCUUCACAUACAGUCUUAAAGUAUUUUGUAGCUGUAAUUCAACUGGCUGAAACAGUUAUUAAGAGAUGCAAUUUGGCAUUGUGUAUGACACUUAAUAUAGUAAAUAUAACACAGAGAAAGGGAUUAAUUUAUGGUUAUUUGGAAAGCAUUGCCCUAGAUUGUCUUGCUUUAAUAGGCUUGCACAGGUACAAAAGCCAUGAAUUGCCAUUUAUUUUCUUCCUCUCUCAUUUAUUAUUUAUUCAAGUCACAUGUAAUCUACUCAACAUGAGUAAGAAAGAACGAGCAAGAUCAAAGCAAUAGCUUAAUCUGGGUUGGUUUUAUGCUUGUGUGGUGAAGGAGAACAGCAAAUUGCAAAAGAAUUCUCUGCCUACCUGCUGUGUACAGCGCACCUGACUGCAGCUCUGGUCCCCACCCACUCCUGGCCUGGAAAGGUUUCUCUGUGAGGAUGUUUCAACACAGGGAGGAAAAGUUUCAGUUGAUUUUCAGUAGGUGGGUGGGAGCAGGAACUCACAUUGCCUUGUUUUGCACACAGCAGUAGCAGCCUACCAAAGCAUAGUCACUCACACAAAACUCUCUCUGGCUGUAAUCAUGUGCAUUUCUGAGUUCUGAAUCCCUAAGGUCCUUAACAUCCUUGGCACUACACCUCUGCUUAAAUCUCAUGGAAGUCCUGUGCCUAAUCAAGUGGAGAUCUACAGAUGUUGGGCAGUAAAAGGGCUAUAGCUCCUCGUUGAUAUGAUGCAGUACAGCACAGGAGCAUCUGCAGAACUUCAUAUGAUGCAAUUUCACUAUAUAUCUUCCUUUUUGUGGCAUUUGUCUUUGCUUAUGUGUUUUACAAAGUAGCUGUAACUUCUUAAAAGCAGUCAGAUGCCAAUUAUUACUUUUGUCUUAUUGUAAAUGUAAAAACAUAUAUAACUAAAGUUUUUUUGGAAACACAUUCCAGUCAUGAAUCCCGUUCUAUUUUUCCCCAAAGGCGUUUCGCACCUUUGCUAUUUUAUUAACCUCUCAGCAGUGAAUUUUCUAGCAAGAGAUGCUGAUUUUCCCAAGUUCAUACAACAGAAGUCUUUAUGUCAGUUGUCCCACAACAUUCCCUGAGAUCGUGGGGCACUCUACCAUUGGCGGAUGAAAGGGCCAACAAUGAUGAUCAGUCAUUCAGUAAAAGACUUAAGUAAAAAUGUGCAGAAAAAUGUGAAUACAGAGUUGGCGGAUGCUUGGCAUGUGAAUUGAGGAAUUUAUUUCCCACUGUGAGCCAAUUUCUAGGUCUCGAAAAUCUUUUAAAGCUUGUCAGAGGAAAUCUAAAACAUUGUCAGUAUAUCCAAAAAGAAAUCUCAGCUCAACUGCUCAGGAGUCCCAGAGCUUUCUGCAAGCUCACGUGUCCAAAAGACAGUUUUCUCAGGACCUGAAGAAAUAAAAACAAAUUUUCUGCAAAAACAAGGACAAUUUCAAGGCUCUCCUUGUGAAAGGCACACUUCUUCCAUUUCUGCUUUCUCAGAUACGAACAUUUUCCAGUGUAGGCACAUAACAGACAACCCAUUAAAGUUGAAGCAAGGAAUGUAUGUGACUGCAGUACACUGUUUUCUCCUCGGACAGAACAGUGUGUGACAGAUGGCAGUGGCCAUGCAAACCAUGCCACUAAAAGACUCUCAUGAGAGAGAAAACAAGAUGAUGAUGAUGAUAAUGAUAAUGAUAAUAAUAGAAAAAAUUUACACCAAAACUAUUGAAGUAGUUUGGAAAGCAAAGGAGGGAAGGUUAUGGAAUAAAGAUAAGUAUCCUUGCUUAUCCUUCCCAGUUGUUCUAAUUACAUGUAACUCAUUAACUUCUGAGUAUUCGGGCUGUGGUUCCUCCCAAUACACAUGGAUCUGAUUCAUAACUUAGAGAUCUCACGCUGCAUAGGCUAUCAUCAGUGCUUAUAUUCACCCCCUUUUGGUCAUUGCAGAUGGGUAAAUUUCCCUGCAUGUGGAGAAGGGUAUUAGCCAGUUCCUAUUCCAGUAGAGGAGAGGCUUGCUAGAAAAGCUGGAAAUGAGGGACAGCUGCUUGUAUAGUCAGCAGAAAAUGUAGCAGAGGAGAAAUUUGGAAAAGGUUGAAGAGAGACCCUCAGAAGCACAGACCUGUAUUGGUCCAUCUGGAAAACCAAUCCUGGGAGAAGGAGUUGGAGAAAGCCUUGUAGGAGCACAACACAAUCCUACACUGAGAAAAAUACUUUCAUUUUUUUUUCUCUAAUAAGGUUAGCAAAAACCUGAAAAUAAAAGAGAAGAGCCAGAGUGGUACAUGCAAAGAUAACCCUGGAAGGAAACAGGUUGUUAAUGUUUGAGGUAAAGUGUGCCAUUCAGCACUGGGCGCCCAAAACGUAGCUGCUUGUAAGUUCCACUGAUGACCUGAACAACUGCUUCUGUGGGGCCAGAAGGACUCUCAGCAGAAGACAAUCAGUUUAGCGUGGGGGAAGCUGGACAGAGCUUUGUCUGCCAUAUAUCCAAGUAGUAAGAAAGAUCUUAUAUUUGCUCUGUAUUUACGUUACUACAGAGCACAUGAGACUAUGACUCAGCUUCAGAGAUACCACUCACACCCCUGACCAGCACAAGAGGCUGAGAAGGUCAGAGCUCACUGAAAGGAAGGUAGGGCAGGCUGAUACAGCUUCAAGCCUGGAUAGGUUUGCUCUAGGACCCUAUUCUGGUAGGCUUUUACAGACAGAAAAGCACAGACUUGGAGGGCAAAUAAAAAGAGCGUAACAACCUUUUUACACUCACUAUGUCAAACAUGCUUGGAUCCAGGUAUAUAUGUGCAUGGCAUAGACACUCUCUUCAAGUUACAUUUAAGUCAGUCCCUUCAGUCAACCAGCCCAGGCUUUUAUUUGACUCCUUUUAAGCAGCCUUUAUGUUUACUUCCAGAAAAUACUGAACUAGUCUGGUCCAGAGACUCCUCUCACCUAACUUUAGUUAUCUGCAAGACAGAUGUCCACAUCAGGCCCCGUCACCAUAAACCUUUGCAGUCAAGAAGCAGACACAAAUGAUUCAUAUGAGCUAUUUUCAGAUACCCACUUUAGUACGAAAAAAUUGAUCUUCAAAUGUGGCUAUUGCUUUCCUGUUUGUAGCAGUGGGUCUAGCCAGGUAGCCCACACACACAUACGCACUUUGUCAGCUGAGUACCACCCUGGUUUCUUUCACAGUGCACCAGAAACCCAAAAGGACUUCAUGCGAAGUUAAUAAUUUCUUUCCAAGCAUAGCUAGAUGUAGAAGUGUAUGAACACAACAUUAGUCCUGUACAACAAAUUACAUCUUCAAGUACCCUAUAAAUGCUAACUACACAGCAGUUAGACUAUCCUUUUAGUAAAAUAAUGCACAGAAUACUGACCUAUUUAUUCUUUUGCUGUUAAGUAAAAUUAAUGAGCCGUGGUUUUUGACCACUGAUUCAUCCUUCUUCCAAAUACCUGUGGAUUAAAAUUUAAGCUACUUAAAUAGCUCCAGAAAAUUACUGGUAGGCAGAAAAUGGCAAGGGAAGUAUUUGAAAUGCACUGCUACAGACUAUGAACACUAGAUGGAUGUGUGAAAAUAAGGUCCCGAUCCUGAAUCAGACUCAAAGUAGAAGAAAAAUUUUGUUUAAAGCUACAGGGAGGCUGCUGUUUUGUUUGGUUUUAUUUUUUAAUUAAUGCCUUGUAAAUAAGCUACAAAAUUUUCCUGGUAUUUAAUUCAUCGCCCUUUCCCUCCCCUCAUCCAGCAUCUCUGAGAACAAUGUGCAAGUUCACUGUAAGAGUUAUUUGCUGUAGAGCACAUAAACACUCACUAAAUAAGAGAAGCAUGUACAAGAAGUGAAAUGAUCUCAGGAAACAAAGCACGAAGUCAGAUACUAAUGAACACAAUAAAUUAUUAGCAACUGUGUGUGAAUUAAAAUAUUAAUUAAGAUUAUCUGUGUGAGGAAAUUCUGUGGUUGUCACACUGAAAAUCAUGAAGGGAAAGUGAGUUGGUUGGUCUUGAACUUAUUUUUCAUAGUCCAAACCACAUUUUAGUAGAGUGUGCCUCAGUGUGAGGACAGCAUGAAUCACUUCACCCUCCUUAAUGAUUUGUAAGUUGAAGGAUGCUAGUAGAACCACAGGUUGUUUUCUAUCCAGAAAUUGCAUACAUACUGGGUGUAAUACUUAUUUCUUCAUGAAGGACGCCAGGCUAAGAGGAAUGCGGUUUAACUGGUUUAGGAUUUAUGAAAGAAAGAAAAAAAAACACUCAAACCUGUUUGCUUCCUUAUGAAUAAAAACCUACUUGAUCAAACAUUUAAACUUACCAAAACAUUGUGAAAGAACUUGACACUGGGUUCAGUAGAAACUGAGUAGCUGAGAUAGGCCUGAAGAAAUACGAAGUCUGACACAAAAAACUCCAAGACUAACCCUAUAACUCAGGAACAAGAGUGGGAGAAGAGAGACAAAGAGAUGAUUAUGGAACAUAUUCUGACGUGUCACAGUGAGACAAGGCUCAACUCGAUCGCUUCACUCAAUACGAGUAGAUGUGCAGUCAAAUAUAGAUGUUUUCUCACCUUCAGUCAGAAAAUGUCAGUGCGCGUCAGCCCAUCAUGCUUUGUCUGUGAAGCAGUUUUUGGCUAAAAACAUCGCUGUGCACCCACUCUGGCUCCCUCUUUCCAAAGACCAAGUCAGUGCUCAAAGGAACCAAUUUUUUGUUUGCAGAAGAUGUGAAAGCAAAAAUGACAGAGAUUAUCAACAGCGUUUGAGAAAACGAUCUGCAGAAUUGCUUUGAAUGUUGGCAGCAUCAUAUGCAGCUGCAUGUCAACUCAGAAGGGAACUAUUUUGAAGGUGAUUGUAGUAGAUUUUCUUAAUUUGUUAAAUAAAGGGAGUUACAGGCAGGGCCUUGGGUUUUCUAUGUUGGAUCUUGUAUAUUCACAGUGAUUCCCUGCUUAGAAAUACUCAUCAGUUCAUUGCAUUUGCAGCUGAGAUUCCCCCAGCCUCUUCCCUAGAAUGGGAAUGCCUUAUACAGAUGGGAUUAGCAACAGAUAUUCCCAGAUUCAUGGUCUUUUGAAAUAAAGAUAUUAUUCCCACCUGUUAUACUAACUUCUGAUGUUGCUUCAGGACUUGGUGAAUCAUAAACAGUUACUAUUUGGAACUUGCCAUCAGUAUAAGCGCUAGUUUUCAGAGGAUGCAAGCACAUCAGCAGACAGCUUUUUUCAUCCUGACAUCAGAAAAUUGUGCAUUAGAAAUAGGGUUUGUGUUCUACAAGGGACUUCUACCUCCUGCCAACACCUGAGUGCCCCAUGGGAGUUUAUCAUUGCGAAGGAUAUGCAAGUUCAUAAUCCAAAGUUCAAGGUUACAGAAUAUUUAUUUAUACUUACUCUAAGUAAUAAAAAUCGAGACAGAUGCUGUCUAUAUUGCAAAACAUUCAUUUCUAUGGAGACUCUUGGAGUCUGCCAGGAUGUAAAAUACCAGAAACUUGGCUUAAUAAAUUUAAUUCCAGAUACUAAUUUCCCUAAAAUCACCUACAUAUAGGAACAUUCAAACACCUCUUUAUGAACAAUUUGAACUUCAUAAUGAAAUCAAUAUUCUUUCAGUAUAAACAAAUCACUGUGAUGAAUUUUUCCCUUACUCAAUAUGGACACAGCAGCAUACAGGGUCUAGAGGUACAGAAGCAUGGUUCAGACAAUGUGGAGGCUUCUAGAGGAUACAUUUCUUAUCUAAAAGAGAACUCAUAAUAAUGUUUUUCUAUCUACCAUCUUUAAAGAGAAACAAAGUACUGUACAUUCCAUAAAGAAAAUAGAAUACGACAGCGUAUCUGGAUUAUAAGUUUUGGGUUUAUUUUUAACCUUAUCUGUUAGUACUGAAAAAUAAUUAAUUUCAGUGCAAGCCCAAUCAAUAAAAAGAGAAAAAGGGAGCAGUUUUUCUUUGAUCUGGCCCACUGUACCCUCCCUUUCACUAGCUCUGAUGCAAAGGAGGCAGAAGGAAACCACAGCUGAGGAACAGCAUCACUUCAUUUGGCAGCAGCUCAGUUACACUGGCCUAUGCACAGCUUGAAGUACUAUGAGAAAGUUCGUAAAUACCACAGACAUAGGAUUCUCAGAGGCUGGGGUCAAAAGCAGCUUAAGAGACGAAGCAGUCAGUAAAAGGAUUACAGGUAUGACAAUGAUUUCGUUGUUGAAGGGCUCCGUCUCAGCCUUGUAACUCCAGCAGUUACUCUAAGUACUGACAGAAGCCAGUAGAAUAAGACCCUGCUAUCUUAAGCAAACUUUAACUACACACAUAUAGAGGUUACUUAUGAUUCAGUAAAUGACACCUGUACAUAAAUUCAAAUGGCUCUUUACUAUCCUACUAAUAGAUAACCUAAUCAGACAAGGCCUAAUUAUGUGUAUACAUUCUAAAGCUAAGAUAAAUCCUUUUUAUUUACAACUGAAUAAAUUCAGAGUGCUUUGAAAUCUCUAGGCAUGCUCCUUUCACAACACUGUUUUUAUGCUAUUUCAAAACACUACAAAGCACUGGUGUACAAGCGUAUUUUAAUUUGCCUCCCUGCUUCUCCUUCCUGAAUUCAUUCAUCACAAAGUGAAGCCACUGCUGUCUUUUGCCUAAUUAUCCUUUGCCUUCUAUUUGAUUUUUACAAGGGAAUUCGCUCAAUAAAACAAACAGUCCCCAAAAAGCAAACAAACUGCAACUGAGGAAAAAAUUGACUCCCUGUCAGCACUGAUAGUUCAUCAAAACACUGAGUACAUACUCCCAACCAGCAAGAGAUAACAUCAGAGGCCAAGGCAUUAUGAUUAAAGAUUAGGACAUCAAGCCCUGCCUCAUGACAAAGUGAGAAGAGCUCCAUGCUACCAGAAGUACUAAGGUGCUGUGCUGCAUCCUGCCUUGGAAUCACUUAGACAGCAUGUCCUCCUUCCUGUGAUGCUGAAUUCAUGUUCCUCUGCAAACAAGCGAACUGUUCCUCUUUUACACCAUGGGGCAGGAAGGGGACAGGGUAGAAAAAACUGUAAGUAUUGCUGCUGUGCAGCCCACCUACCAGUUUCCCUGAGCAAUUCUGUCUAAAAAAAACCAUGCUGCUUACUCAUCCCUCAUCUACAGGAAUAUUUGUACUUCUGAGCCUUUCCCAUUCCCUGACAGGGAUGAACCAUGCAACCCAUUUUUCCUGCUGGCUCACCUAUGCCAAGAGCAGCAGAUUGGCUUCUUGCAACAUUUUCCCACUGGGUAACUGUUCUGCCCCCUCACACCCCUCCCUAUGCAUUUUGCCUUAUUACCUUUGCUGCACCCUCACACGUUUAAAGGGAAUUUCUCAGUGUGAAUGAAAGGAGAAUUGGCACACUGGCUGCAUGUUAUACUAUACUGCUGGAGAACUGCAGUGCCACCAAGUCAAACAAAUUCAGUGUUGGCAUUCUUAGGAACAUGGAAAUGAUGUUAUCGGAACAGGUCAGAGACCUCAUUCUGGUCUCAGUAACAGCAGCCUGCUCCACCUUUUUGCUCAAUCCAAGCCUCUCGGCUGUGUGGCGCCUGUGUGAAAGGACCCUCAAACUCUCCUAACCAGCUGGCUAAGGAUUGCUUGCUUUUGAAGUGAUCCUGGGACUAUGGAGAGACAAAGUAGCCAGGUCAACACCCUUCCUCUCACAGCUCUGCGCACAGAAGACACUUCUGCAGGGAGAGGCUAUAUCCAGAGUACCACCACAGCCUUACACACCAGCCAGAGAUCACUUGUCUGAGCAGCUCUGAGCCCACUUUAACCUGCUCUGGGGACUGAUUUGGUAACCAGCCAUCCCUGAGACUGGUGGACCUAAGAGACCUCACAUUCAUCUUCAUCUUUGCUUUCUGGCAGGCACUCCAAGCUCUGUUUAAAUGGAUCAAGCAAGUGAUUUCAACAGUUAUUUUUCCCUUAGUUUGAUAAUGCAAAAAGGGGCAGCAUGCAAUCAAAAGGUUGGACCUGCCUGUUAAAGUAAAAACUGUCACCCUGCCUUCCAAGAAUCCUCAACAAUGUGGUGGUAUUUGCACACUAACUCAUAAUAUGCACUGGUUGAAACUGAAGUUCUGUUACCACUGAGUAAAUGCACUGUACAAAUGAUGCUGAAGGGUUUCCUUAUCAGUCAUCUCAUGCAAACCAGUUUUAUGCCUAUUUAAUUUCACUAGCUAAAGGGGAAUUACUCCUGAGUUUGCACCACUAUGGGAUCAGAACCCUGCAUACAAUUUCCAGGAGAAUGGUAAAUUAAUUUAUCCACAAAUAAAACAGCCUGAAAUUUAGACAAUCAACUUCAGGCAUUCUAUUUUUUUAUAUAUAACUAACUACAGGAUUAAGAGAGUCUGUGUUCUUCCCUAAGAAAGAGCAGCUUUGCAAAUCUAAAAGAAACACAGAGGGCUUUGGGGAGCAGCUUCCUCCAGAUCAAGAAAGUAACUGGAAUAAGGAAGCAGAGCCUAAUACUAUCAGAAAAAAACUUGCUCAGCUCUGCUCUGGCUUAGGGAGAUCUGUUUGUGUAGACCUGCCUGUGUGCAAACAGAAACACUGGGUAGAGAAUAAGGUUACUGUCACUUAUUGUUUUUAAACUUUCCACCCCUUUGGCCAUUUGGACAGACCACGCUUGUUCAAGCUGCAACAUGAGCCACAGGAUUAGCAGUUACAUCCGCUUUCAGAGGGGCUUCUGAUACAACACUCAGAUAAGGUGCUAAGGACCAUAAAUUCUUAUAUUGACAUUAUUUCACUUAUUACUCUAGUAUCCUUAAAAAUAUUCAGCUCUUCCAGACAUGUCAUGCCAUGUAUCACAAAAGGUAGCCUGAAUCUUCCUACAUAGGACUGCUCUGUAAGUAAUGUUCAUGAUGUAAAUCUAUCUUCUUUUCAAAAUAUUAAUUUAUCUAUUCUGAUCGCUAAACCUGCAAUGUGGUGGUUAACAGGUGACUACAGAUUUUCAUAAUUUAAUGCAUUUUUCUUAUGGUUGGUCAGUUGGGGGGGAGGAGAAGUAGAACAUUCAGAGCCAGAUAUUUUAGUUUUGAUAGCGCAUCUUGCCUAAGCACAGUCAAAAUAAUUUAAACAGCUAAUCUCAUUUAAAUUGUUAGGAUUUAGGAAAAACUAUUGCCAUAAAUCUAUUGUGUAUACAUAUAUCUAACAAUGAAAUUUAGGCCUCACUGUGAAAAUCUACUAAAAUUCAAGAAAAUCAGUGUUAAAAUGAAUGUGCAGGUUAAAAUGCAUGGUAUUUACAGCAAGAAAAACAUGACUGCACAUGGUAUGCAAUCCUCAGUAAAAUCAGUGCAGCUGGAGUUCACACAGAUUAAUUGUGUGCCUAGAUAAUAAAACUGGAAAUAUUUAUGACCAAGUGUUGUUUGUACUUCCUCUGUAUAAGAUAAGUAUAAUCACUUUCUUGUUCUGAAUCAUAAACUGAUCAACCCCAUUUUCCACCCACUCAGGUUUCUCUCUCUGCAGGGCAGUCUCAACAGAUUUAAGGACAGACUGUGAAAUUAAUUGGACAUGCAGUCUCUGGAAUGUAACACCAAGAAUAAACCACCUACACCUCAUCACUUAGGCACAAGUUUCAAUGCCAUUCCCAUCCAAAACACACCAAAGUCAAGACCUGUAGGCAUAUGCUUCCAGAGCCUGGAGCCCUGAAGAUAAAUGGAUGGGACACACAAGGUUCACUUUUAAAAUAGAUCUAGAUAAGGAAUAAUAUCUUAGCUGAUAACUAAUGGGGCAAAACACUCAGGAAAGUGGGAAGGCCGGGCACAGUGCUUUGCUUAGCCUAAAGUGGAUUCAAUCGCACAUCUCCCCCUUCUCAGGAGCACAAGACACAUCCAGCUGCAAGAGGCAUAGGAUUGAAGAGAGGGCACAAGAAAGAACACAAAUUGUUGCUUCUUCCUCCUUUAGAAGCUAUGAAUUCAAAGCUAAGUGGCUAUUACUGCAUUUUAGAAGUGUCCCAAACCUAUUUAUUUACUAGGUGUGCUGGAAAUAUGGAUGAGUUGUGUUUAGAGGAGCCAACUGCUCCUCACUUAGCACUUGGAUUGGGAUGCGGAAGACAGGUGUCUCAGACUGAGGCAUUUCUUGUUAUCACAAAAGCACAACUGAGAAACAUCAUGCAUCUAAAAAUAAAGGAAUACAACGUGAACACCUUAAGUGGUCCAGCCUCUGGAGCAGUUGCAUACUCUUCCAUGAAACCUUCUUAAAAUGCAGUCCCUAAAACCACAGCUGCAUUCAAGGUCUGACACAAAAAAAGCCCCAAGACUAACCCUAUAGGUCAGGAAAAAGAGUGGAAGGGGAGAGGCAAAGAAAUGAUUAUAGAUCACAUUCUGAGCUGUCACAAUGAGACAAAGCUUCGCUUAGUACAAGCCGAUACACGUUGCCAUAUAAAUGCUUUCUUACCCUCAAUUGGAAAACGUCAGUGUGCACCAGUCCCCAAUGCUUUCUGAAGCAGUUUCUAGCUUAUAAUAACAUCACUGUGCUUGAGCACCCACCCUAUUUGCCAGAUCUGGCUCCCUGUCAUUUCUCUCUUCCCAAAGAUCAAGUCAGUGCUCAAAAUAACCAAUUUUUUGUCCAUAGUAGAUGUGAAAGCAAAAAUAACAGAGGUCUUCAGCAACCUUUCUGAAAAUGAUCUGCAGGAUUGUUUUGAACGUUGGCAGCAUCAUAUGCAGCUGUAUGUCAACUCAGAAGGGAACUAUUUUGAAGGUGAUCAUAGUUGAUUUCCUUAAUUUGUUAAAUAAAAAGGGUUACAGGCACUUUCUCAUUUUUUUGUGUGUGAGUUGGACUUCAUAUGUUGAGGAUAAACACCCAGAAAAACUACCUGAGAUAACAUCAGGUGAAACAGUGCUUGGUCAUCCCAGCAACAGGACACAAGGAAAAAUAAAAUAAAUGCUGGAUGAUGCCACAUCUUUUGUCUGGGGAAGGUAUUUAUACUAAGAAGCAUGAGAAAAUGCACUGUAAGUGGUCUGAUGAACUUGUACCUUUCUAGACCCUCACCAGCCCACCACUUGUUUAUCAAACAUAGAGUCGUGGUUUGGACUGGAAAGGACCUUAAAGAUCAUCCAGUUCCAACUCCUGCAUUUUCUCCUACUUUUAGGUAGUUGUGCACAGCUCAGUUGGAUGUGAUGAAAAGACGAUACACACAAAACGUUGUGUUUUGAAAGGGCAGCCUAGCAGGUUCUUCAAAAAAAGGUGCAACUUUUGUCAUUUUGAAGCCUCCAAUAUCUGUAACCAGAAGGUAAAUAACACCCUUUUGCAGAACAGCGUUGGGAAAUAAUGCCCUAAACCUGACAGGAUCUUAGAAUCAUAGACUAAUGGGAUGGUCUGGGUUGGAGGGGACCUUAAAGAUCAUACAGUUCCAACUCCCCUGCCAUGGCCAGGGACAUCUCCCACCAGAUCAGGUUGCUCAAAAGCCCCAUCCAACCUGGCCUUGAACCCCUCCAGGGAGGGAACAUCCACGACUUCUCUGGGUCAACCUGUUCCAGUGUCUCUACACCCUCGGAGUAAAAUGUUUAUUCCUAACACCUAUUCUCAACCUACCGUCUUUCAUCUCAAAACCAAUAGCCCUCGUCCUAUCCUCGCAUUAUCCGACUCCGGACUCACGGGUGAGGAGCGCCGCGCGCCCGGCAAAGCCUGGAGCC